AUGAAUAAUGUACAGGGAGCAUUAUACUUUAUGGUUGCUGCUAAAUACAGAAAGCUUAAUCUUCAGGAGAUGCAAAAAAAUCCGUCUCAAUUUCUGCUUAAAAUAACACCUAUAAUUGAAAGUUUAGGAUUUGCUUUCAGUUAUAAGAAUGAAGUAGGAAAUAUGGUGAAAGAUUUUCUUGAUGAUGAUGCUUUAAAAUAG